AACUUCGGUAGUGGGCCCAAGAUCGUGCGGAGGGACAAUUGGGCUGAGCAACUCGAUGCCAGAAUUUACACUCAACUCCCCAUACUACUACCAACCCUCGUCAACUGCUUAUGUGAGCUGCUACUGGUAUGUACAGGCUCCCUCGGGACAGGAGGUUCAUCUGACAUGGUUGGACAUUGACAAUCCAAAUCAAUAUGUUUAUCUCUAUGACUACCCAUCCUCUACCAGCUACCAAAUUUCCUCUACAGGUGGAGACAUUGACGUGGAUAUAUCACCUGUGGUUUCCUCACGUGGUGGAUGGACAGUACAAUACACUGACAGCUACUCUGGGAACAAUGGAAGAGGCUUCCUUGCAGAGUUCAGUCUGAGAGACACACCAUAUUAUUCGAGCGCGGCUUCAUGCGGAGGUACGAUUCCACUGACACAGUCUUCACCAAAUGCUACCUUCUCCACCCCGUACUACUAUCAGCUGUCUACAUCUAAUGUUAGGAUGGAGUGUCGGUGGUAUAUUACAAGUCCUUCAGGAAAACAGGUCCAACUGACAGUACUUGAUCUAGAGACAGGCAGUUCUGAAUACAUAUACAUUUAUGACCAUCCGACUUCCAGUAGUUCUAGUUACCGGGUAUCUUACUUGUCCGGACGCCUGGAAUCGCCUGCUACUGUCUUGUCGUCACGGGGCGGAGUGCUAGUGCGUUACUACGAUUCCAGCUCUGGUUAUAACGGCCCAGGAGUCCUGUUCGAAGCGAGGAUUCUAGAUGCAAUGCCCUCGGAGGUGUCGGGUUUCUGUGGCGGAGUGAUUCCUUUGAGUACAAGUACACCAAGGGUCACAACAACCACUCCUUUGUACAAUCGAAAUUCGGCAUCAGAUGUUACCAUCGACUGCUGGUGGUACGUCAGAAGUCCCUCGGGCAAGCAAGUCGAAAUGAGUAUACACGACCUCCAGACUGAAAACGAGGAUGUGUAUGUAUACGACUAUCCAUCGUCAUCGUCGAACUACCCAGUUUCCUCUCUUCGUGGUAAUGUCAGCGAUUCUACGGUGGUUUCAACGAGAGGAGGUUUCUCUGUAGUUUUCGACGAUCGAUCGACUAGUAGAAAUGGUCAUGGUUUUGCCAUGGACGUCGCACUGACAGAUGAACUUUCGUGGGAUAGUGUUGGCAUUGAUUCCUGUGGUCAAACGGUACACCUCGACAGUUCAUCACCAUCUAUUGUCUUUAGAACACCGACUUAUCCUGUCGAGGUUGUGAAUGACCUGUACAACUGCUACUGGUAUCUCACCUGCCCUUACGGAUACCGGAUCUCAUUGCUUUUCAAUGAUUUCGACACUUUCUCCGGCUCCCGCUUCAGGGUUUACGAUGCCUCUUCCGUUUCGUCAACCUAUCAGUUGGCCGAAAUAUCAUCUAGUUCCACACCAGGUUCUGCAGCUAUCCAGUCAUCCAGCAACAGUCUAACGCUUUUCUACAAUGAUGUUGACUGGAGUGACGUAACAAGGCAACGUGGAAUACUCGCUGGUGCCUCCAUUGUUCCGUCAGGAGAACCAACUUGGGACCAGGUUGAACCGAUGUCUUCAUGUGGUAGCGCUGUAUCACUGACUGACCAAGAUAGUCGUAUCACGCUCACAACCCCUGAUUACCCGGAUGUAAAUGGCGACUACUACGAGUGCACGUGGUUUGUAGAAUGUCCCAGCCAAACGGCAGUUCGAAUCGAUUUUAACGACUUCUGGCUUGAUUCUCAAGGGUAUCUUCGCGUGCAUGAUGGCCCGACAACUACUAAUUCCGUGAUACAACAAUCAACUGGUUCAAGCAUACCUGAUGGAGUGGUUUCAAGCAGCAACGUCAUGACAGUCCACUACUACAACAACCGCGGGACCUCGGGCAAAGGAGCAAGUUUUGAAAUGAGCUGUGUAUUCGAAGUCAACCUGGACUGUGACAGCACAUCCAUGACGGUUUUCCUUGACAGAAGGAUGCUAUCAAACGGAACUAAUGCAGAAGAUGUCCAUUUCGAAAAUGACGAUUGUGUGGGGAUCAACCAUGAUACCACUCAAAUCGUUCUAUACACCAGAUACGACAGGUGUUCAACCAGAUUACAAGAAACUGAGACCAGCAUCAUCUAUUCUAACGUGGUGACGUACAACACACCUCAACCGAUCCCAGGCACAGAAAUAACGCGUGAGAACAUCCUUAAGAUCCCUGUCAAAUGUGAGCUUGAUCGCCAUCGUCUCCUAGGUGAUUCCUUCGUCCCGAAGGUCGGCGAGAUAGUGUUCAAUGAAACGGGCUACGGUGACUUUUCUCUUCGACUCGAUCGCUACACAGAUGCGACCUUCGACGAGUUCGCAGGUGACGACGAAGGCGAGAUCAUUCUUGGAGAACAUCUUUACUUCGCGGUUAACCUGACAUCUGUGCCUGGCUUGACUGUCUUUAUCGAUAACUGCUGGGCCACGCCAUCUCAGUACCCGAACGAUGCAAAGAGUUACAUCUUCCUCGACAAUGGAUGCUCAGAGGAUCCCACCAUGCACAAAUUGUACUCUCCUGAUCCGUCAUUCUCCAAGUUUGUCAUCGACGCUUUCACCUUCAUCGAGGAAAACCCACAGGUUUUCGUUCACUGUGAGGUGCUCGUUUGUAAUGAUAAUGACCCGUCGUCUCGGUGUUCCCAGGGAUGUAAGUCUAGAUUCAGACGUGGUAGCCGUCACACCCGUGGAACAAGCUCCACCCCUCAUCUAAUCUCUAAUGGACCUCUGUCGACUGUCCACACUAUGAAUGCCGCGGAAGCACACAACUCUGAUGGUUCGCCCGUCAGUAUGGAAUCAGGCAUUUUGAUUGGAGUGCUCGCGUGUAUCACGUGUUUGAUUGUUGCCGUGGUAGCCGUUGUGCUCUACCUAAUACCAGCGAGUCGCAGGUCCCAACAUGGCUACCAUCGAGUGAAGAUCAACGAAGAUGAUGAAUGAAGUUGAAACAUCAGUUAUCAAAGAGAAUAUUGAGUUCUAGGAGUAAUGAGAA